AUGCAACUACCGCCAAGGGAAGAAUUCAUCCCAAACUGCACUGAGCUGUAUUUCCCGGACAAUCAAAUGCAUUUUCUUCAGACCGUCUUCCAGUACUUGUGCAACUCAACCUUACAACAGCACAACUUCUCCUGGACCCCCACUAACGAACGGAACCGUGCUAUGACGAGAGGAGAGUUCCUGCUGCAGAGUUUGGGUCCCAGGAAGUGGAACUUCUUCAUACCGGCUUGUGUUACCUACCUCUGCAUCUUUCUGGUGGGUUCCGUUGGAAAUGCUUUAACGUGCUUCGUUAUCGCCAAGCACAAGAUUAUGCGAACACCAACCAAUUAUUAUUUAUUCAGUUUGGCGAUUUCGGAUCUGCUGGUCCUAAUCGUGGGCAUGCCUUUGGAGGUUUAUGAAAUGUGGAGGAAUUACCCGUUCCUCUUCGGUCAGGUGGGAUGCUACUUUAAAACGUUCCUUUUCGAGACUGUUUGCUUUGCCUCUGUACUUAACGUUACAGCGCUCAGUGCCGAGAGGUAUAUUGCGGUGGUUCAUCCCUUUAAAGCGAAAUACAUUGUUACCAGAACUCAUGUGAAACGCGUUAUUAUAGCGCUUUGGGUACUCUCGGUUUGUUUGGCCGUUCCCAACACUAGCUUGCACGGCAUUCAGUAUCUGAAGACACCGUCUGGCGAACGCAUUGAGGAAUCCGCUCUGUGCAUGCUGCUAAAGCCCAUUUGGGUGUAUAAUGUCAUCAUUCAGAUCACCACCGUGCUCUUUUACUUCAUUCCGAUGAUCACCCUGAGUGUACUGUACUUGCUAAUCGGUCUGCAGCUGAAACGAGAGAGAGCAUUCUCCGGGGUGAAGCCCUACUCAACAAAUGGCAAUAACCAGACCGGUCGGAACCGACAGGAGAAGGCGAAGAACCGUCAAAUUACCAAAAUGCUGUUUGUUCUGGUAAUUGUGUUUGGAAUCUGCUGGGCGCCCUUUCACACAGAUCGAUUAAUGUGGAUUCAGAUUGCGUACAAGAAUGGACAAAUGCUCAUAUUGUAUCAGAUUGUACACGUAAUCUCUGGAGUGUUUUUCUAUUUUAGCUCUGCUGUCAAUCCAAUCCUCUACAACCUCAUGUCUACUAGAUUCAGAGAGAUGUUUAAGGAAGUGAUAUGCAAGCGGAAAUCCCAAAGUUACAAACCCACACAGUAUUCAACAAGUGUGACCAGGAUGACAUCCCAUAGCACAGUACUGGAGUCCAGUUCCUGCAAUGGAAUCCCAUUGUCUGAAAUUGAAAACUGA